CACAGUCAAACAACCAUAACUUGUCGGACAUUGAAAUCAACACAUAGCUUUGGCUUGCGCAUUCACGCGUCACUUUCCAAACAAUACUUUCAACCCUGCAGCUCAAGGACAAAUUUAAAUGUCCUAAGCUGCCUGCAGGCCUGAUCGAUGACCUCGCCCAGAUGACAGCCAGUCCUCCACAAUCAUGGGACAAGGCUUCUCCCUCACGACGCUCAACGCGGGCUCCGCCGGCAUCGACGUUCCAGAGCUGUCAGACUUGGUGUAUGAAAAGUCUAUGGGCACUACGCGAUUUAUGAAAAGUAUCCGAGCCCGGCAUCAGGAUGGAGUUGUACUGGUUAAGGUGUUCAUCAAGCCCUAUGCCAUGAAACUUGAGAAGUAUAAGCAUGAAAUAAUUCAGGAAAGAAAGGCUUUGGCGGAUGUCCCAAAUGCUCUUGCAUAUCAGCGAAUCGUGGAAAGCGAAACGAAUGGCUACGUCGUCCGACAAUACUUGUACAGCUCCCUAUACGAUCGCAUGAGUACCCGACCAUUCUUAGAAGAUAUCGAGAAGAAAUGGCUUGCAUUUCAGUUACUUUGUGCGCUCCGCGACUGCCAUGCGCGAGAAGUAUUCCAUGGCGAUAUCAAGACGGAGAAUACUUUGGUCACUUCCUGGAACUGGUUAUAUCUGUCGGACUUCUCUGCAUCAUUCAAGCCUACAACUUUACCGGAGGAUAAUCCUGCAGAUUUCUCAUAUUUCUUCGAUACGGCAGGACGACGGACAUGUUAUUUGGCACCCGAACGUUUUCUAGCUGCUGGAGAGGAGCCAGAUCCGAAGGCUCAGGUCACUUGGGCUAUGGAUGUGUUCAGUGCUGGAUGUGUGAUUGCAGAAUUGUUCUUGGAGGCCCCAAUCUUCAAUCUCAGUCAACUAUUCAAGUACCGAAGAAAGGAAUAUGAUCCAGUCUCGGCUCAUUUAAAUCGCAUAGCAGACACAGAUGUACGCGAAAUGGUUGCAAGCAUGAUCCAGCUGAACCCCGAGUCCAGAUAUUCGGCAGAGGAGUAUCUCGACUUCUGGAGAAAGAAAGUCUUCCCAGACUACUUCUACAACUUCCUACACCAGUACAUGGCUCUGAUAACAGACCCAUCCUCUGGACGUAGGCCAAUAUCGGGAGCAUCGGCAAAUCUUGGAGAAGCCGAUGAACGAAUAGAUCGUAUCUACUACGAUUUCGACAAGAUCUCGUAUUUUCUUGGGUAUGAGAACGACAAAGAAGAAGAGAAGAAGACCCCGUACAGCGCUUCUGGCCUGCAGCUCUUCCCAGUCCAUCUUAAUAUCCCCAACAACGAUCAUCAGGCUGUUGUUCUCUCAAAAAGGCCGAGUGAUGAUGGUACCCUAAUAUUUCUCGCCUUGGUGGUUUCAUCCAUACGAAACACUGCUCGAGCGACGGCCAAAUUACGAGCCUGUGAUCUUCUGCUGGCUUUCUCAGAGAGACUGACAGAUGAAGCGAAGCUUGACAGAGUCUUACCAUACCUGGUCUCGCUCCUAAACGACAAGGCUGACAUUGUCAAAGUAGCUGCGGUGCGGACAUUGACACAGCUAAUGUCACUUGUCACUGUAGUCUCUCCUGUAAAUGCUCAUGUUUUCCCAGAGUACAUCUUGCCUCGGAUGCAAGUAUUCCUUCCCAACUCACCGUCUGAUCCCGGACCAUUGGUGCGAGCUACGUAUGCGGCCUGUCUUGGCAGCCUUGCCACUUCUGCUUCUCGUUUCCUAGACAUGGUAGCUACAUUGAGAGCGGAUGGGUCCCUGCCAACAGCCGAUCCAGAGACUGAGGAUGGUGGUCAUGUGGAUGCUGCAUUACAAGGUCUUUUCGACAACUCACGAGCGGAGCUGAUAGAGGUUUUCGCCAGCCAUACAAAAGCUCUGAUUACGGACAGUGAUUCUGCAGUCCGAAGGGCUUUCCUUGGAUCUGUUCCUGAGUUGUGCAUGUUCUUUGGAACCGCGGACUCAAACGACAUAAUCUUGAGUCACUUGAACACAUAUCUCAAUGAUCGAAACUGGAUGCUUAAAUGUGCUUUCUUCAAGACUAUUGUCGGCGUUGCGACCUUCCUUGGUGGGACAAGUCUAGAGGAGUUCAUUCUACCACUGAUGGUCCAAGCAUUGACAGACCCGGAAGAGUUCGUAGUGAGAAGCGUUUUGCACUCUCUCGCGAGCAUGGCACAACUUGGUCUCUUCCAACGAUCAAAGAUCUGGGAACUGGUUGAUGUGGUUGGUCGAUUCACAAUGCAUCCGAGCAUCUGGAUAAGAGAAGCAGCGGCAAUGUUCAUUUCUUCUGCUACCAUUUUCCUGUCUAUCGCCGAUACUCAAUGUAUCAUCCAGCCACUGGUCAGCCCUUACUUGAAGACAUCUAUAAAGGACUUCUCCGAGCUCGGGUUACUCGACAACUUGAAGAAGCCACUAUCUCGCGCCGUGCUAGAUCUUUCGGUUACUUGGGCCACUAAGGUGGACCGUGGACUGUUUUGGAAGCCAGUGCAUCAACUACGGACUUUCUCUUUUGACUCUAAUUCUCUUGUCAUACCAACAAUCUCAAGUAAAGAGUUAGGUCAUCAUGCUAUACAGAAGGUAUCGAGAAAUGAGGAAGAUGAGCAGUGGCUAUCGAAGCUGAGGAAUAUGGGACUAGGGCACGAAGACGACUUCAAACUGCUUGCUUUGAGGGAAUAUAUCUGGCGACUUGCUCUUUCGAAAGCUCGAGAGUCCUCACCCCAUCCCUCAUAUCUCAACAAUGUCAUCCAACUUCGAAGUAUAGGCAUUACUCCACAGACAGUCAUGUUUGACGACCAGCAGGUCAUGGAAGAGCCAAUCCGACGAGUAAGCAGUGCAGUUGAUGGUGGAGACAAAGUCCCACAUACCAUCGCCGAUGCUUUGUUGGAUGCUUCAAUGACCAUCGACGAUUCAAUCUCUCGACGUCGCCGCUCAGCCUUCAAUACUCACAAAGCCAGAAUUAUCAGCAGCCAAGUCAACGUACCCUCUGGACCAAAUAGGGGCGACGACCGUUCGCCAGUAUCUCCCUCAUCAGCAACUUCUACUUCUCCCAAAGAGAUAGAUCCUGCAUCUCGCCGGAAGUCAUCACUACGAGUUGGUGCUCCAAAUGGCAGGACUAGCGACGAUGAGGGAGGGUCUGUACCCGGGUCUGGAUCAAGUGUCAAUUCAAGGGAAAACCACCAUCGACUACGACACAAAGUCAGUGCCAUGAAUCUUAUGAACAGGACUGACUCUAUCAAGACUGUCGCCGAGACUGGCACUACUUCAGCAAAUGCCUUUGGUAAGGUAGAAGGUCCAUUCUCCCGACUUGCAGAACCCUCUGCCUUAGCUCUUGCAAAAGAUCAAGAUCAGGUGGGACAAGAUCAGAUAAGGUUUAGAGGCGCUCACACAUACCAAGGAAACGAUCCAAGUAUCCUGAAGAUGCUUGAUGCAAUGUAUGUUGACAACUAUCCAAAUGACAUCGCCGACUUUGGUCCGAUGAUCGCGCCCACUAGUCGACGUAAGACGAUCAACAAGAGCACAAAUCAAGCCAACGAUAGGCCUUGGAGACCGGAAGGUGGUCUGGUUGCAACAUUUUCGGAACAUACAGGCCCUGUACACCACAUUGCGGUGGCUCCAGAUCAUCUGUUUUUCCUUACAGGCGGUGAUGAUGGCUGUGUCAAAGUAUGGGACACUGGGAGGCUGGAGCGAAACAUCGCACAUCGUUCAAGGCAAACGCACAAACAGGGCACUGAUGCAAGCAUUACAGCGUUGUGCUUCGUUGAACACACUCACUCGUUUGUUAGUUGCGCAAGCGAUGGUAGCAUAAACGUGGUUCGCGUAGAAUGUGUUCCAGUGGCCGGCACGGUUAAGUACCUGAGACUCCGAGUAUUGCGCGAAUUUCAACUUCCCAAAGGCGAGAUGGCUAUCUGGGCGGAUCAUUUCAAGGUAGAAGCCAAUUCUACGUUGAUUGUCGCAACUAAUCGAUCUCGUGUUCUUGCUAUUGAUCUGCGGACAAUGACGAUUAUGUACACUCUGGAGAACCCAGUGCACCACGGAACUCCUACUUGCUUCGUGGUCGAUAGGAAGCGACAUUGGCUGCUUCUUGGUACUAGUCAUGGCGUCGUCGAUCUCUGGGAUAUAAGGUUCAAAGUUCGUCUGAAGGCAUGGGGAAUACCAGGCGCGACAGCUAUCUAUCGCAUGUGCUUACAUCCCACCAAAGGCAGAGGCAGGUGGGUCUGCAUCGCAGGCGGGAGUGGGCAAGGAGAAGUCACCGUCUGGGACGUCGAGAAGACACAAUGUCGGGAAGUCUAUCGCGCUGGGGGAAGUAGAGAUGGGCCAAAAGGAUAUGAUCCUUGGCCUGUCGAUGAAGAUCGACCGGAGGGCAUGCUUGGACGGUUUGCCACAGCUUUAGAGCCAAAUGCUUCUACCAACGCGGACCGUGGUGUGCGAGCCAUGAUUGUUGGAACAGACAAUCAUGAUGAUAGCCGAGAGUCCAAGUAUGGAUUCAUAAUAACAGGAGGCUCAGAUAAGAAGAUCCGGUUCUGGGAUGUUACUCGUGUGGAAAAUUCUAUGGUCGUGAGCGGACUUGAUGGAGAGGAGAUGAAGCCUACUUUCACCUCAGCACAUCCUACAGCUUCUCUAACACUCAACACAGAAAGGAUACCACGACCAGGCCCAACAGCUCCAAACGCAGGAGCCGGCUCACUUCGUUCGGCUUCGAGCAAAGGUUCCAGUAGCAGACCGCCAAGAUCAACCGUGAUCUCGCUUCAGCAACAACAAUUAUUGAAAUCGCAUUUGGACUCGAUCCUGGAUAUUGCUUUACUGGAGUCGCCCUAUGGAAUGAUGGUGUCGGUGGACAGGUCAGGCGUUGUAUUCAUCUUUCAAUAAAGGAUUUCAAGGCAUUUGCAAGGCGUCGAGCAAGGAAUGGGCAUAGGAAAUGCGGCGUCUGGUUAGAUACAGAAGUGGAAGACUUGAUUGCGAUAUUAAAUUAAUCAAGAAUAGUAACAUUCAAUGUGAAAG